AUGGCCGACAAGCAGAUGGUUAGACCUGGGGCAGGAGUAGCUGGCCAGAAGAUCAAAGUAACCGUGAAUGCUUACAAAGUCACUCUGCCCAGCUUAGUCGUUCACCAUUAUGACGUUGCCGUCGAAGGCUUGAUCAGCAAGCACGGCACCGUUGUUUACGAUGGUAGAAAGACUUUGUUUGCACCAAAACUGCUCCAGUUUCCCGACAAUAAACAGACCUUCGAUGUCAAUUUGGCGUCACCAGCCGAACGCGCUGCCAAACGCAACCGUUCCUUCAAGGUCGUUCUCACCAAAGUCAACGAGGUCAAACUCGACAAUCUGCUCAAGUACGUCAAGAAGCAAGUCGGAUCCACCCCCGAUGAAGGCGUUUACGUUGCCAUCACUGCACUGAACGUCUUGUGCAAUCACGAUAUGAUGAUGACCCAUCCUACCUCCAAGAACAAGUUCUUCCCUCGUCCCCCGGGUAAUGGUCCAUCCGACAUGUUGUUGCAUAUGAAAGCUGGCGUUGAGAUGUGGCGCGGUUACUUUAGUUCGAUCCGCAUGGCUCCCGGUGGUCUCAUUUUGAAUUUCGAUCUGACUUCUCAGCCCAUGCUGAAAAGUGGUAACCUGGUGGACGUAGCUUGUGCCGUGAUGGGAUGCCAUGGCCAACCCCCAGCCUUAAAGGGGCUCUCACCUGCCAAGUUGGUUCAACUCGGUCGCUCCCUGAAAAUGAUGAAAGUCUCUGUCAGUCGGGUCGACAAGACCAUCUUGAGGACUAAAAUCAAAGACGUCGCACCUUCGGCUAGAGCCAUGUUCUUUGAGGCUCCCGUCUCGCCGGAUUCGAGUGUCAUGAAGAAGUGGAAUGUCGCGGAAUACAUCGAAUUCACUUAUAACAUGAGGCUCCGGGGUGGCGAUCUCCCCGUCGUCAAACUGACUGCCAAAGGAUGGUACCCCCUCGAAAUUUGCACCGUCGAACCCGGUCAGAAGUUUUCCAAGAAGUUGUCCCCAGAACAACUUGGUGAAGCUAUCAAGUGGUUGACAGUCAGACCACAAGAGCGUACUAGGAUGCUCACUGAUGGAAUCCGCAAUCACGUCAAAACUGCUCCCACCCUUGGCAAAUGGGGGGUUCGCAUGGACGCUGCCCCGCUCAUCGUCCCCGCUCGUCGAUUAGCUCCACCAGCUAUCAACUACGUACAUCCCAAGAGCAAUAAACCGGAAGCUAGCCGAGCCGACAACGGCGCUUGGAACUUAGCUGGCAAAAUGUUCUUGAAACCUAUGGCAGUGACAAGCUGGGUUGCCGUUGUUCUUGGUCGCCCUAAUCAUCAUAUCUCUCCACCGCAAGCCGCCCGAGCUUUGGAAGGCCUUCAAUCAGCUAUGUACGCCGCAGGCAUGCAAGUGAGCGGCCUUCAAGCGCAAACCAUCUUCGCCAACCAAAAUGAUCCUAUGUCGCCCUCGGACGAUACCUCUGUGGGGAAAUGGAUAAUGUCCAAGAUCAAAAGCAAACCGCAGUUAAUUGUCUGCUUCUUGAGAGACAAAACCGCUUGGGAAUACCGCCAGAUUAAACUUUUCGGCGAUUCACUUCAAGGAAUCGCCACUCAGUGCUUAGCUGUUGACAAAGUGGUCAACAAGGGCAAUGCUCAAUACUUCGCCAAUGUCGCACUUAAGAUCAACGUUAAACUAGGAGGUGUAAACCAUGGCGUAGGCCCGAGCGGUCGAAUUUUCCCUACCCGCACCAUGGUCUUGGGUGCCGAUGUAACGCACCCUGGUGGAGAUAGCUUAGAGCCCUCCAUUGCCGCGGUUGUCGGUUCCACCAACGAAUUUGGUAGUGGCUAUGGGGCUGAAUUUUCUGUCCAGCCGGGUCGUCAAGAAAUCAUUUCUGACCUCCACCACAUGGUCAAAGAACUUUUGAUCAAGUUUGCUCAGCGUAACAGUAACUUGCCGGAUAAAUUGAUAUUCUACCGUGAUGGAGUCAGUGAAGGCCAGUUUCCUGAUGUUGUUGCAAAGGAAAUCCCCUUGGUCCGCCAAGCGAUGCGUGCGGUUGGAGAAAACGCCAAAUACACAGCCCAGGCAGCCGCCAUGAAGUUAACUUACGUUAUCUGUGGAAAGAGGCACCACUUCAAAUUUGGGCCCACAUCGGAUAACAAAAAUGAGUCCGAUCGCAAUGGCAACUUGUUCCCGGGGGUGGUUAUUGACACGGACAUCGUUCACCCGUUCGACUUCGAUUGGUAUGGGCUUAGCCAUGCUGGGCUCCUUGGUACCUCGCGAGCUUCCCAUUACACCGUCUUGGUGGAUGAUGCCAAGCACAAACCUGACGACCUUCAGACUAUCACUUAUCAUUUGUGCUACACUUAUGCGCGAGCUACCCGCUCCGUGUCCAUUGCCACCCCGGCUUAUUACGCCCAUCAUGUUUGUACCAGGAUCAAACAGAUGUUAGCUGGUGUCGACGCUCGACAAAGUAGUACUUCGCCGACCGAUAUCGACUUGAACACCGCCUUGAGAGAGUACCAAACCAAGGCCAACGAGAUCCGGGCCGCUUUCCGCGCAAGCUAUAAUAAGGCGGGCACCUUCCCGGUCCCCGAGUACUGGAUGUAG